AUGCUGAUAUUGCAGGUACUUAGAUGGGCAACAAAUACAAAGCAGAGAGUUCAAAACAUUUCUAUCUGUCUUCUAUGCCUCUUCACUAUUGUUGUGCUCUACCUGUGCUACAAUGUAUCUUUAGAAGAAAUUAAGUGCUAUAGCGACCAGCUAAUAAAGAACGCAGAGUAUUCUGUAGAAUGCACAAAAAGCAAAAUACCCCGGGUGGAUGAAUACAGAGACAGCGAAUAUGAUGAGUAUAGCACAAUUCUAUUAACAGGAAAAAGAGACGCGGCUGAUCUUAUUGCGAAAAUCCAUAAAACAGCGCAGGAAAUGGAAAACAGAACAAAAGGAUAUGACAUUAAAAUAGGAGAGUGCUCGCAUAAAGAUAUGCAGAAGUAUUUCUUAGUAUUAGAAAUUGAAAAGAGUGACAACACCCUAUUAUACAUCAACAAUCAAGGGUGGCAGGUAAAUUCAGACAUUCUUUCUAUCUUUUGUGAUCGUAUGUUUACAGCAGACAUAACAGGAAUCAGUGGGAAUAGACUGAUAAAUUUGGUAUUUAAUAAAAUAUCCCUUGGGCUUUCUGAUGAUGGCAUUGAAAGUGUCCUUGCCAUCUUGCAUAACAUACACAACUUAUAUAGCCACUCACUAGGAGUAUACUUCUACUGGGUGAUUAAUGAAAAAGCCAUUUUUCUCUCUUCUAAUGUAUUGCUAGUGCUUGUGCUGGGAGUAUUCCUAAUAUUUCUGGAAUUUAUCACUGGUGGGAGUUUUAAAUUUGAUUUUUUCCGAGGAAGUGCGAUCACGCAUGCUCUGCUUGGGUAUAAUAUGGUAUUUAUGAAUCUCAAUGAAAUGACAUGUUUUGAAGUAUUUCUGCUCUACUCAGUGCUUGUGCCCCUUAAUUUUCCAUUGGCUGUUAUUCUGGGGGUCUUUCGGGUUGUUUUAUUUUUCUGUCUUCUAAUUGGAUGCGCAGAGAAUCGAAGCAUUUUUCUGCAACAAUUCAACCUCCUGUAUGAAACAAUCAACAGAGCCACAGAGCGCGAACCUCUUUCACUAUCUUUCUCUGCCGAGGGACUCAGUAAGGGAAAGCAGAUUCCACAUGCCAGUCAGAGCCAUUGA